AUGAACAACCAACAAUCACUCGUCGACUACCUAGUCCAACACGAGCCCAGCUUCAGGAAAGCCCGUCUCCCAGCCCUAUACUCCGAUUUCACUACCCUCCGCACUCUCAACCCCGAUGGCUACCAGGCCAACAUCUCCGCCUGGCGUUCUGCCCUCGCCCACCUCACCCGCUCCGGCUUGGCCCCCGCCCCAAAAGGUUCAACGCCGAACCUCCUCGUCCUCAACUCUGAUGAAUCCCUCCUGCGCGCUCUCGAGUCCAAAAAGUACGGCCGGCCGUUAGCCUUGGGCACCGUGAUUAGGGAAGCACUGGCUGCCAAGGACCUUAUACCGCUGCAUGACUUCCUCACAUCCCCAACGAGCAUAUACUACCAGCCAUGGCUACCAUCACCGUGGGCUGUAGCUGGCGGUGUGGCGGGCUGGGCCUUGAAACAACUAGGUGUAGCAGAUUGGCUGAGGGGGAACGGGCUACCAAAGGGACAGUACGUGGUGAUCGCCAACGUCCAAGAAGCCGGCAAGCAGUUCGCCGCAACCACCGCAUCCGCCCUAACAGACAGCCGCUUCGAACGCACCUGGUCCAAAGCCCACUUUCUGCAUACGUACAAUGAGCAGGUCAAGCUGGAGCAAGGCAGCGAGGGCAAACUCCUCAGCGAAACCGAUCUCGACGUAUUACUCGUCUUUCUCUCGCGCGACAAGGACCUCAUCCUCUACGACGGCUCCACCUUUAAGAUCAAGACUCCCUCUGAUGAGCAACAAAGCAUAACGCCCGAAGACACAACAGUCGCUUCCAUCAAGGAACUCAUCUCCUCCCUAACGCACCAAACCCACGCCCUAGCGGGCCGCAUCUCGGAACUCGACAAGACCGCCCGCCAAGCCGUGCAAGCCAAGAACCGAAUCGCAGCCUUGGCAGCCUUGAAACAAAAGAAACUCGCCGAGCAGAGUCUCGAGGGCCGCUACGCAAGUUUAACGCAAUUAGAAGCUGUGGCGUCCCAGAUCCAACAAGCCAGCGACAGCGUAGCCAUGAUGAAAAUUAUGGAAACCUCUUCGCGCGUGCUCGAGUCGCUCAACGAGCAAGUCGGUGGCGUCGAUAGAGUCGAGAACCUCACUUCCAAACUCAGAGAGCAGAUGGCCGAGGUGGAUGAGGUUAAUACCAUUCUGGCUGAAGCGGGCACGACUGCUGCUGGUGGCGUGGUGGAUGAGGAGGAGAUUGAUGAGGAACUGGAGGAGAUGUUGGCGGAGCAGGAGAAGGAGAAGCAAGCCAAGGAGGAGAAGGAGGAGGAAGAGAGGGAGAGGGACAGGGAGAGGGAACGAGAACAAGAGAGGGAGGCGGAGGAACUCAGGAGGAGAUUGGAGGCGAUUGGGGGUGUGCCGGUUGUGGAGCCGGGGACGGCGGGGAGCAGAAGAGAAAGGGAGAUGGAGAGGUUGAUGAAGGGUAUGUCGAUUGAUGAUGAGUGAUGUCUUAUGGGGAAAGGGAUAUAGAUACCAUGUUUUAUUUUAGUAGGCAGUGCUAAUUGUUUUGGUAGGUUGAUUACGAGUAUACCAACUUUGUUUUACCU